CGGCGCAGGUGGUGACGCGGCGCCGUCCGGGUACCGGCGGCGGUCAGCCUCUGGGGGAAGAACGGAAUUUCCCGGAAGCGGGUCCGAAUCCUGUGCGGCUGCCUCCUGGUUGCGGUGGUCGUGAUGAGCUCAGCUCACGGGUUCUCGCUCCCGGGAGCCCCGGCCGCCGAAUCGGGUGCUGCCGACCAGGAGAGCUCUAACUGCAAGAGGACACCAUUAUUGUUAUAAUGGUGUGCCAGAACUGACUCCCAGAACAUUGCCUGACCUCUGACCUGGCAAUAUGGGGAGGAUUGGCAUCUCCUGCCUCUUUCCUGCUUCCUGGCAUUUUAGCAUCUCUCCAGUGGGGUGUCCCCGGAUUCUGAAUACCAACUUACGCCAAAUCAUUGUUAUUAGUGUUCUGGCUGCUGCUGCUUCACUUUUAUAUUUUUCUGUUGUCCUAAUUCGUAAUAAGUAUGGGCGACUAUCCAGGGACAAGAAGUUUCAAAGGUACUUGGCACGAGUUACUGAUAUUGAAGCUACAGACACCAAUAAUCCCAAUGUGAACUAUGGCAUUGUGGUGGACUGUGGUAGCAGUGGAUCUCGUAUAUUUGUCUAUUGCUGGCCAAGGCAUAAUGGCAAUCCUCAUGAUCUGUUGGAUAUCAGACAAAUGAGAGAUAAAAACCGGAAACCAGUAGUUAUGAAGAUAAAGCCUGGCAUUUCAGAAUUUGCUACCUCUCCAGAGAAAGUCAGUGAUUACAUUUCUCCACUCUUGAACUUUGCUGCAGAACAUGUGCCCCGGGCAAAACACAAAGAAACCCCUCUCUACAUUCUCUGCACAGCUGGCAUGAGAAUCCUUCCUGAAAGUCAGCAGAAAGCCAUUCUGGAAGACCUUCUGACUGAUAUCCCCGUGCACUUUGACUUUCUGUUUUCUGAUUCUCACGCAGAAGUAAUAUCAGGCAAACAAGAAGGUGUGUAUGCUUGGAUUGGCAUUAAUUUUGUCCUUGGACGAUUUGAACAUAUUGAAGAUGAUGAUGAGGCAGUUGUGGAAGUUAACAUUCCUGGUAGUGAAAGUAGCAAAGCCAUUCUCCGCAAAAGAACAGCUGGUAUUCUCGACAUGGGAGGCGUGUCAACUCAGAUAGCAUAUGAAGUCCCCAAAACUGUAAGCUUUGCCUCUUCACAGCAGGAAGAGAUAGCUAAAAACUUGUUAGCUGAAUUUAACUUGGGAUGUGAUGUCCAUCAAACUGAGCAUGUGUACCGAGUCUAUGUGGCCACUUUUCUUGGGUUUGGUGGCAAUGCUGCUCGACAGAGGUAUGAAGACAGAUUAUUUGCCAACACAGUUCAAAAGAACAGGCUCCUGGGGAAACAGAUGGGCCUGACUGCUGAUGCUCCCUACCUGGACCCUUGCUUGCCCCUGGACAUUAAAGAUGAAAUCCGGCAAAAUGGGCAGACCAUGUACCUUCGGGGAACGGGAGAUUUUGACCUGUGUCGAGAGUCUCUCCUUCCAUUCAUGAAUAAAACAAAUGAGACACAGACUUCUCUCAAUGGCAUCUACCAGCCCCCAAUUCAUUUCCAGAACAGUGAAUUCUAUGGCUUUUCUGAGUUCUACUACUGUACUGAGGAUGUGUUGCGAAUGGGGGGAGACUACAAUGCUGCUACAUUCACUAAAGCUGCAAAGGAUUACUGUGCUACAAAGUGGUCAAUCCUGCGGGAACGAUUUGACCGAGGACUUUACACCUCACAUGCUGACCUUCAUAGACUAAAGUAUCAGUGCUUCAAGUCUGCUUGGAUGUAUGAAGUGUUUCACAAGGGCUUUUCAUUUCCUGCCAACUAUAAAAAUUUGAAGACAGCCUUGCAAGUGUAUGACAAGGAGGUUCAGUGGACACUUGGAGCAAUCCUUUACAGGACCCGCUUUUUGCCCUUAAGGGACAUCCAGCAGGAGACCUUCCGGACCAGUCACGCCCACUGGCGCCGCUUCUCCUUCGUCUACAAUCACUACCUGUUCUGGGGCUGCGUCCUGGUGGUCCUGCUCUCCAUCCUCCUCUACCUUCUGCGGCUGCGCCGCAUUCACAGGCGGAUGCUCCGCAAUGGCUCAUCCGCUGCCCUCUGGCUGGAGGAGGGCCUCCCACCCCAGAAGAUGGCUGGCACCUUAUGAACCUCAUCCCAGAGCUCCAGGGAGACUUUCUAAAGGAAAAGCCAUUUUUUUUUUUUUUAUUUUUGCCUCAGGGUUUCUCCUCUCCAUUCUCUUUUGGUUUUGUUUUUGUUUUCCCUAUGUCUUUGAAGCAAUUACAGAAUUCAUUGUUUGUGACCUGUGCUGCCCUAGAAGUACUGUAUCUAGUUACUUUGUCUACAGCUUUAACUUGGGUAGGGGAAAGGGAAAAACUACUUGAUUUUUGUUGUGUAGGGUUAUCUACUCCAAAUGACUAAGAUUUUGUUUGGAUUUUCUUCCAGUUAUGUUAAAGUUUUAAACAGAUUGCACUUUGAUAUCAUAGAGAAAUGCAAAGGUUGUUUUUUUUAUCAGUGGAGAAUAAAACUGAUACUUUUCGUAGAAUAAAAAAAUGGUUAAAAUUUAUAACCCUCUUUUCCCUCUAUUUUGAAAUCUCUAACCUGAAGAGAGGUUUUUAUUUUAUCCUAAUUUACUGUUCAGGUAUAUUUCUAUUUUCUUUGCAAGUGAAUAAAAGGGCAGUUUAUAUACAAAAUAGAGGAAUAUAGGCACCAGGAAGCAACUAUUUUUUUAAAUUGAUAAGAAAGAGACCUGAAAAAUGUGAAAUAUUAACUUGAGCUAUGUGUAUGUAUGGCAAGUGUUAAUGAAAGAAUGAAGGAACAUAGUGUCCUUUUAAAAAAACACCACUUCAGAAUCUAUUGUUUGAUUUCAUUUCGUAUUUUUUUAUUACCAUUACCUUUUCUUUUUUUAAAAAAAAUUUUUAUUAAGUAAUUUUCCUUUUGUUGCCCUUGUUGUUUAUCGUCGUUGUUGUUGGGUAGAACAGAGAGAAAUGGAGAGAGGCAGGGAAGACAGAGAGGGGAAGAGAAAGAUAGACACCUGCAGACCUGCUUCACCACCUGUAAAGGGAUCCCCUGCAGGUAGGGAGCCGGGGGCUCGAACCGGGAUCCUUACGCCAGUCUUUGCGCUUUGUGCCACCUGCACUUAACCCACUGCACCACCGCCUGGCUCCCGACCUUUUCUUGACUAUAGGUGAUUUACUUUCUUUGUUCUUUUAGUGGCAUUAGAGUGUCUUGUUUUUGAAAAAGUUGGGAAAUUCAUAAGAAUUCAUUGGCUUUUGAUGCUAUUUGAACUAGAAAUUAAUGCUGGCACUACAGUAUGCCUUAUUUUUACUUGUUUAGUUGUGUUCCAGUUUCUUCCAAGUCAUCAGUAUUCCCUCCUGUGAUUAAAAAUUGCCGAAAUGGUCUGAUGUUAGAGACCCCGUACUCAGCCUGCCAGUUUCUCUAUCACUGUUGUAGUAGAAGUUGUGUUGGCAUAGCCACUGUAGAUCCAGAUGAAGAGAAGAGUGUGAAUUUGAUUCGAAGAAAUAAACUCACAUUUUGAAAAUGUCAA